AUGUUACCAUGUUUCAAUUGCCAGACGGGAAUAUCACAUUGUGGAGGUGUGGGAAAAAGUUGCCUUACUGCUCAAUUCGUUCAGAAUGUGUGGAUUGAAAGCUAUGAUCCCACGAUUGAAGACUCCUAUCGAAAGCAGAUUGAGGUCGAUGGCCGGCAAUGCAUUCUGGAAAUCCUCGAUACGGCAGGGACCGAGCAGUUCAGUAAGGAACUUUACAUGAAGCAGGGUCAAGGCUUUCUGCUCGUAUUCUCCAUCACCAGCAUGUCAUCGUUGAACGAGUUGUCCGAAUUGAGAGAGCAGAUUAUCCGGAUAAAGGAUGAUGAGAAAGUCCCCAUUGUCAUUGUGGGCAACAAAUCCGAUCUGGAGGAAGACCGCGCUGUUCCGCGAGCUCGAGCAUUCGCCCUUUCCCAGAGCUGGGGUAAUGCUCCCUACUAUGAAACUUCGGCGCGUAGGAGAGCAAAUGUCAACGAGGUCUUUAUUGAUCUUUGCCGGCAGAUAAUCAGAAAAGAUAUGCAAGGAAACUCGUCCAGCGGUUCCGACAAUUCAGCGAGAAAGCGUGAAGGUACCGGUCGCUACGAUAAGAAGAAAGAAAAGAAACGACGAAAGGGCCCUUGUGUCAUCUUAUAG